AUGUACUUCUCGAUUUUGGAGACUCCAAUUUGUGCUAAGGAUCGACACUUAUCACCUGAAACGAAUGCCUCUCUUUGUAGCCGUAUAAUGUUUCUAUGGAUUAAUCCAUUGAUGAAAAAAGGUUUUAAAUCUACACUGACAGAUAAUGAUGUCUUUGAGCUACCUGACUACCUCAAAACCAAAAAUAUUGUAAAAUUAUGUAAAAUCAACCCAAAUAAUUCGAUCCUAAUAUCAUUAUUUUUAUACUCUUGGGAAAAAUUACUUGUUCAAUUCAUUUUUGCAAUGAUUGGAACUAUAGGCUUUUUCGCGCCACCUUAUUUUCUUAAAAAAGUCUUAUAUUACAUCCAAAAUUAUUCUGAUAAUAGCAAAGAGCCACGAACUAUUGGUUAUUUAUAUGUUUUAUCUUUAUUUGUUUUUACUGUGAUCCCAGCUUUAUUUUUUCAACAAGCAUCAUAUAUUGGCCAAAAAUUGUCCAUAACAUUUAAGGCAAUCAUCAUCGAUAGAGUAAAUCAAACAACAGCGUCUCUAAAUGGUGAAAUAAUAAAUAAAAAGGGAAAGAUUACAGAUCUCGUCGAUUCUGAUGCGCAAAAAGUUUCAGCGUUGGCUAGAAAUUUUCUUGAUUUAGGAGUGUUAAGCGAGUUAUUGAAAGCUAUUCGCGCUGUUAAAAUUUAUUCUAUGGAAAAUUAUUUUCAUAGUAAAAUCGUUGAGGCUCGUGAUAAAGAAUUAAAUGAACUUAAUAAUUAUAUGAUUACGAGGAUGCUUAUAAGAACUUUAUUUGAAUUUCUCACAUUUAUGAUGAUGUUAUUUGCAUUAUUUUGGAAUACUAAAAUCUUAGGAAUGACAUUGACUUCUAGUGUUGCUUUUACUGCACUUAUCUUAUUUCAAAAUCUUCUUCAUAUAUUUAAUGAAAUGCCAUCAAUUAUUAUUAGUGUCACUCAAGCUUUGGUUUCAAUUUCUCGAAUAGAAGAGUUUUUAAAAAAAUCUGAACUCGAAAGAAAACAUUCUGAAAAUAAUAUCAAUAAUUCGAAUAGUAAUAAUGAAAUUGGGUUUAGAAAUGCUACAAUUCAAUGGCCGGAUAGUGAAUUCAAUGAUAAUGAUUCAAAUAAAUUCACUUUGAUUAGUUUGGAUUGUCGUUUUCAUUAUAGAAAGUUGACGUUAAUCCGUGGUUCUGCGGGAUGUGGAAAAACUGCCAUGUUGAAUGCAUUGCUAGGUGGCAUGAAAUACUUUGGUGGUCAUGUGUUUUUACCUAAAAUGGGCAGAGUCGCAUAUGCUGCACAAAAAGUAUGGAUUCAAAAUGGAACUAUUAAAUAUAAUAUCUUGUUCGGUCUUCAAUACAAUUUACAAAGGUAUUCUAAAGUUUUGGAAAUAUGCUGUCUCAAAAGUGAUUUAGCGGCUUUAAAGUUAGGCGAUGAAACAGAAACAGGUGAAAACGGAAUUGCGCUUAGUCAUGGUCAAAGGCAACGUAUUGCUUUAGCGAGAGCUAUUUAUUCUCAACAUGAAGUCUUGAUUGUAGAUGACUUCCUAUCUGCUGUCGAUUUGCAUAUUGCAAAAUAUAUAUAUGAACAAUGCUUAUCGAGUAAACUGAUGAAAAAUAGAACUAGAAUUUUUGUUACGCAUCAUAAAGAUCUGUGUCAUGGUGCUGCUAUGAUAGUUUGUAUGAAAGAUGGUCAAAUAAAAGAAAAAAUAGAAAAUACAGAAGAUUUGAAUGAUGACUUUUCAAGAAAUGAAACGUUUUAUACAGAAGAUUCUGAGAGUGAUUUGAUAUACGUUAAAGAUACAGAAUUAUUUAACUUCGGAAAUGAAAACAGAUUGAUCUCAAAAGAAAUGAAGGCUGAAGGGAUGGUUAAUAUAGGAGUUUACAAGACUUAUAUAGUAACUUCAACAAAAGGACUUAUUAUUUGGAUUUUAGUCGGUAUUAUAAUUUUGGUGACAUGGUACAUCCAGACUAAACGCGAUCGUUUAAUUAAAAAAUGGGCUAAUUCUCACAAUAUUGAUGGUCAAACACAUCUUUUGGAAGUCCUUUCACCUUUGAACGAAAGCUUCAAUUUUAUUCUAACAAAUACAUCUUUCGAAUUUAAUAUUACUGAUUAUUAUCUCUGGAUUUACGCUUCUAUUGAAUUGAUGAACAUUUUGUUAAAAACUUUCAAGAAAUAUUGCAUAUUCUUAAGUUCUUUAAUAGCGUCCAAGGAAUUACAUAAUACUAUGUUGAAGAGGAUCUUAUCUGCAACAAUUAGAUUUUAUGAUACAACUCCGAUGGGUAGAAUAACUAAUCGAUUUUCCAAAGACAUGGAAAUCAUCGAUCAAAUUUUAUCACUCAAUGUCAUGUCCUUUCUCUAUUCAUGCAUGUCUGCUGCUGCAUUAGUUAUUUCUGCUACAAUUAAUAUCGAUAUCAACAUUGGAUUUAAAUUUUUA